AUGAGCGAAAAGCACUACACCGACGGAAAGUACUAUGCUGGCAGAAAGUACUAUGUCGACAGAAAGUACUACGCCGACAGAAAGUACUACGCCGACAGAAAGUACUACGCCGACAGAAAGUACUAUGUCGACAGAAAGUACUAUGCCGGCAGAAAGUACGACACCAGCGGAAAGUACGAUGCCAGCAGAAAGUACUGCAAGGGCAGAAAGUACUACGAAGGCGGAAAGUACUAUACCAGCGGAAAGUACGAUGCCAGCAGAAAGUACGAUGCCAGCAGAAAGUACUACAAGGGCGGAAAGUACUACACCGAUGAAAAGUACUACGCCAACAGAAAGUACUACGAGGGUGGAAAGUACUACACCGAUGAAAAGUACUACGCCAACAGAAAGUACUACGAGGGUGGAAAGUACUACACCAGCAGAAAAUACUGCGGCAACAGAAAGUACUAG